AUGGCGAAGGGAUCUCAGUUAUCUCAGCUCAAAUCAGCGUUAUCUCAAGCGGGGAUCAGCAAGGCCCCACAAAAUGGAAAGAAGCGCAAACGUUCAGGUUCUGUUGACCAGGAUAAAAUCAAGAAGGCAGCCAAACUUCAGGAGAUACACAAAAAGCUGAAUCCCUUCGACAUCAAGGUCACGAAGCUCAAACAUGAUAUCGGCGGACGCAAGAUCAAAGGGUCCAAAGGACAGCCCGCACAGAGCAAACAAGCAGGUAUUCAGCAGCGCGAGAAGACUCUGUUGAAAGAGUUCCAGGACAGAGGUCGUGUUGGCGGAGUUGUCGAUAGGCGCUUUGGUGAAAAUGACCCUUCUAUGUCUGUUGAGGACCGUAUGCUCGAGCGUUUUACGAAAGAAAGGCAGCGAGCUUCCAAAGGAACCAUAUUUAAUCUUGAAGGCGAAGAACAGCUCACGCACUAUGGCCAAAGCCUAUCGAAUCUGGAUGAUUUCGACGACGUUGGUUUGCCUAUGGAUGAAGACGAAGACGAUGAUCAAGGCCAACUUGAUCAUGAUAUCGUGGGGAGGGCACACUUUGGCGGGUUUGGCGAUAAGGAUGAGGACGAAACAGACCAUAGUUCCGACCGGAAGAAGUCAAAAGCAGAAGUUAUGGCAGAACUCAUCGCUAAGAGUAAAGAGCAUAAGGCCCGUCGUCAACUGGAAAAAGUACAAGAGGAAAAUAUGCGGCAUCAACUUGAUGAAGACUUUGAUUCCUUGAGAAAUCUGCUCUUCGCACCUGACGCUCAAACAACCGACAGCAACGUGGCUUCUCUGGGCAGUUCUGGAAACCAACCUGACAUUCCCGCCGUAGACAUAGAUGAGCAAAUGGACUAUGACAGACAGGUUCGUGAACUCGCGUUUGAUCAACGCGCAAAGCCAAAAGAUCGAACAAAAACUGAAGACGAGCUUGCGCUUGAGGAAAAAGAGGCUUUAGAGAAGUCAGAAAGGCAGCGAAGGCGGAGAAUGCUUGGAGAAGAUGGAGAAGAUAGUGAUGACGGCGGAAAGAAUCACGGAAAACGGAAGAGGGAACGUGGGGGUGACGACCUCGAGGACGAUUUUGUAGGGGACGAGUCGUGGGGAGGUAUUGGAUCGGGAUUAGGUGGGGUUGGCAUAAGCUACCAGGCAGUUGCAGAGGACGACAGCGAGGAGGAAGAUGUGGACGAACGUGUGGAUGAGGAUGAGGAUGAGGAGACCGAUGACGAAGAUGAGAACAGUGAGGCGGAGGUGGGAAGCGAACCAAGCUUUGGCAGUGAGACAGGCAGUACUUCUGGAGGCGAGUUCGACGAAAUCUCAACCAGCCAGAAGUCAGCAAAACUCAAACCACCAGGUGUUCGACAUGAACUGCCCUUCACUUUCCCUUGCCCUGAGUCACACGAAGAAUUCCUGGAGAUCAUUGGAGAAAUAGACGAUACGGAUGUGCCUGUCGUUGUUCAGCGCAUACGCACGUUGCAUCACCCAAGCCUUUCCCCAGAAAAUAAAGUGAAGCUUCAGAACUUGACAUUGGUCCUUGUUGACCAUAUACUCCAUAUCACAUCUCCGCCUGCCCCACGAUUCACGCUCCUGAACUCUAUUGUUCCCCACCUCUUUGCACUUUGCCGCUCGUAUCCGAUCGAAUCUGCGGGAAUUUUCGUGGAGAAACUCUCGCUGAUGCACAAAAAUUUGGAGCGGGGAUUAUCGCGAGGCGCUCUUGAACUGAGUGCAAGAACAUGGCCGGGACCAGCUGAAUUAUCCCUUUUGCGCACCAUCGGAGUCAUAUGGUCUAGUAGUGAUAUGAGCCAUCCCGUCAUUUCACCUGCACGGCUUCUCAUGGGUGCUUACUUGGGGUUGUGUCGUGUUCGGUCACUAACGGACAUAACGAGUGGGCUCUUCUUAUCAUCUGCCUUCCUUCAGUACGAGGAAUUGUCCAAGCGCCUGGUCCCAGAAGCCAUCAACUUUUCUAUCAACGCGGUCUUGCACCUAGCUCCGAGCUCUCUUAAAAAUGCUGCGUCAAUACCCGGUUCAUUUCCUUCCCCCGACUUCCGCUCAGAUCUCUGUGCACCCCUCGCGAUUGACGUCAAGAAGUCCAAGCAUCUCGACUUUCGCACACCAAACCUGCAUCGGCUCUUGACUGACGACCAUUAUCAGGAGCAGGACAAAUUUGAUUUGCUAGGUCUCGCUUUCCGCCUUCUGGAUCGGUUUUCAGAAAUGUACAAAAGCCUCGACGGAUUUAUUGAACUCUAUCAACCAGUUUUAGACAUCCUCACGAAGCUCGACAUCACAAAACUCUCGGAGGGCGUUCGAACCCGAGCUUCCUCUUUGCAAGACAAGCUCACCAGGUUAUUGAAGUUUGCUCGUCAAGCUCGCAGACCUCUUCUACUUCAGGCCCACAAGCCAAUUCCGAUCCCAACAUAUAUACCCAAGUUUGAGUCAAGAUCCUCCUCUUACCUGCGGCGACACGAUCCCGAUCAUGAACGUAACGAGGCCUCGAAGCUUCGCUACCAACUCAAGCAGGAGAAGAAGGGAGCCAUUCGUGAACUCAGAAAGGAUGCGAAGUUCUUGGCAGCUGUGGAGCAUAAGCAACAGACUGAAAAGGACCGCGCUUAUAAGGACCACAUGAAUAAGGCGUUUUCAUCAUUGGAAGGCGAGAGAGCUGAACAAAAAGCCAUGGAUAGAGAGAAGGCGAAAGAAAAGCGUCGAUCUGGACGCAAGUAGAUUAUUUAAAUAUCUAAUGAGUCUCUAAUUAGUGAAGGUGAACACUGACCACUGUAGUGGCUGAUCACGCUGAGGUACUAGUAGUGCAAAAAUCAGACAGUACACGUCUGCACUGUGAAGUGAAGGAGCUC